AUGGAGAAGUUUCAGGUAUCCUUGCCGAGCCCGUGGCCAUGCGAAUUCCAAAACAAGAACUCAUCAGAAAAAUCAUAUUCUAAAGCAUGUUUCUUGAAGGUACUUCUAAUCAUCUUGUUCAUUCUUAUUAUCUCUGGUGGUUUUAUCUAUCUUGGCGUGGAGUUCGACAAACUUCGUGGAGACGUUAAAUUCCUCGAAGCAAGAUUAGAACAGAAAUCACGGAAUGACGACGAGAAUUUCGCGUCUAUUUCAAGGCAAAUGAAAGCAAUGAAUGACACAGAAAAAUCCUUGCGACGGUUCACUAACGAACAAAUGAACACAAUUCAGGAGGAAAUUCGCCAGAUGAAAUCUCCCAAUUCCUCUAACACUACACGGAUGACUGAAGGGAAUUGGAGACCGAACUUAAAGCAAAUCCAAAGUCAUCUGAAUGCUCUUCUUUUAACAGUCCGAAGCCUAAGCAAAGAUGUGUCAAGAAUGAAUGUUUCGUCAGACUCGAAGUUGUCUCGUUUGAGUGGAAGUUUGAACGCCAUUCAAAAUGACAUCAUCCUUUUGCAAAACGAUCUGGCGCAAUUGAACAAGUCCGUACAUUUAGAUAUAACGUCAUUCGUUACAUCGGCUGUUGAUGACCUGAGACAAGAGUUGAAUAAAACCAUAACGAAACUUAGACGUCUUUCGGAGCGAACAGACGAAGAGAUUGAUGAUAUCGUAAAGUUGUUGUCACAGCACAAUGAGACACUUCAUUUCAAAAUAGCAUAUCAUUCGGAUGCCCUCCUCUCUGAAGUGAAACGCGUUGAAGAAAAGCAAACGAAGUUUCAUAAUGAUACGGCCAAAACCUUAAAGAAUAUUCGCAACGAGCUGAACCAAACGAGGGUGAAACUACAACAGAACAUCGUAAACGAAAUCUCACGAGCUAGCGAGAUUCUUCACAAAGAGCUUCGAGUAGUUAAAGAUUCAGUUGGGUCCGUACGUGCGUCCAUUAAAAAGAUAAAUGCCAGUGUGAACGGAAUUAAAAAUGAUCUUAAAACACACGUAAACAAUCUUCUCGACAAACAGAAAAAAAUGAAAAAGGAUUUCGCCGAAACCAAAGCAAAGUUCCAAGAAGAACACAGGAAAUAUGACGCAAGCAAUGCUGAUCGGGUGGCAAAGAUGGAAAGUAUGAAACGAAGGAUUGAUAACCUGGAGCGAAAUCGAAGACUGGACUCGACUAAGAUUAACAAGCAACAAAAAGAGAUUGAUGAUUUAAAACGGGAAGUUACUGGCGUUAAAAAUGGAGCAAACAGAAUCCUGAGAGCAGAUGUUAGACUCAUUUUCUUGUUUGUCUGUGUGAUACUAGGAUACAUGCUUUAA